UGUCCUUUGCUACUGAGGAAUUCAAGAGCAUGAGAUAGUUCUCAAGUGAAAUGGCUUGACGUAAGCAUAGUGGAUUUGGCAUUUGCUUGUUGGAUAUCACUUUCAUAACGUAAUACACCCAAGUUUUGGCCUAAUUCCUGCAAAAAAUGGGCACGCUGCGGGUACAAUUAACCAUUGUCACGCAUUUUUCUCCCAAACUGAUGUUGGUUGCAAAACAACUCUUGUCUCCCUUACCCAGCACCACUUCCUGUGAAGAGCUCUUCCAAUUAACUCUAACCAAUGCUUGUUGUAGCUGAAAUCCAGCACUGCCUGGUAAAUGCUGGCGAUGUGGGAUGUGGAGUGUUUGAAUGCUUUGAGAACAAUUCCUGCGAGAUCCGAGGCUUACACGAGAUCUGCAUGACAUUCCUGCACAACGCUGGAAAAUUCGAUGCCCAGGGAAAAUCCUUCAUUAAAGACGCUCUGAAGUGUAAGGCUCAUGCCUUGAGGCAUAAAUUCAGCUGCAUCAGCCGUAAGUGCCCUGCCAUUAAAGAGAUGGUGUUCCAGUUACAGCGGGAGUGCUACCUGAAGCAUGACCUCUGCUCUGCUGCCAAGGAGAACGUCCAGGUCAUUGUGGAGAUGAUUCACUUCAAAGACCUGCUGCAGCAUGAGCCUUACGUUGACCUAGUGAACAUCCUGCUCACCUGCGGCGAGGAGGUGAAGAAGGCGAUCACCAGGAGCGUCCAGGCCCAGUGCGAGCAGAACUGGGGCAGCCUCUGCUCCAUCCUGAGCUUCUGCAGCUCGGCCGCGCACGGAGACGCCGCCCCGGGCGCCGAGAGGAAGGCGGGGGAAGGCGGCAGGGCCGCCGCCGGCCGCGGGGACAUGGCGGCCCAGGCCGAGCCCGAGCACAGGGAGAGCUCGCGGGCUGCCAAGGCGGAGAGAGGUGCCAAGGGCCACUCCAACGCCCGGGCCAAAGCUGGGGGCCACGGCCCCAAAGCGGCCCACGGGAUCCUGGACCGGGCAGACGAACUGUCCGACUUCUCCGACGUCAGGAGGUGAAAAAAGGCACCAGCUCCCCCCUUCCUUCCUUCCUUCCUUCCUUCCUUCCCCCGAAACCUCCUCCCCUGAGUUCCAUCCUCCCUCUAUGGACAUUCCAAAGCAUUUCCCAUUCAGAGGUCAAGCACAGGGCAUUGCAAGGUAUCUAUGGACCUCGGCAUCAGUGUGUAUAUAGUAGCAAAGGGAGAGCAGUGGCAAUGGGUUAUCCAUCCAGCAAACGCGGCACUCGGGUGGCAAAACGUCUCCAGCUAAAUUCUUCCCCCCCUUUUUUGUUUUUUUUUUUUUUUUUUACGAUGUGGACGUCAUCUGAAAUUUAGGAUCUUGUUGGGUUGGGUUUGGGGGGUUUUUUUUGUUGGUUAUUUUUUGUUUUGGGGUUUGUUUUUUGGGUUUGGUUGGUUUUUUUUUUUUUUUUUUUUUUCCUUUGGUCUCCUUGGCAGGGGAGAAGGUUCCGAGCGGGCUCUGCCAGGCUGCAUGUGGCUGCUUGUGGCUUAGCACCUCCAAAGGUUUAGGGCACAGCCUUGCAGCAGAUGGCUGAAUUCCAGGGGGAUUUGGUUUCUGCCUGUGGCUGGGAACGCCAGAGCUCAGGGCUCUCUGUGUGAAGCUCUAAUGAAGUAGCUGCCCCGUGUCUGGCACAGGAACGUGUGGUCUGGAGCUCCACCACUUUCUCUGAAUUAACUUCUGAGCCAUUGUUCCCACCUGGUGACGCUGCCUGGUUUUAAGUGCCCCCUGUUAGUUUUUAACAACUGCAUAACUUGACACUUGCUGAUCACAGAACCAUGCCCAGUCACUUCAAAGGCAAGUACUCAGCUUCCAGACAAGGCAAUGUGACUGUUAAGACUUGCACAGGGUGGAGGGCCCCCAAAAAUAUUCUCAUGGACCUCUGAAAGCCCUGUGCAUAUUCUCUGCUUCCAUCUGCCCCCUCAGUGAUACAGGUCUUCCACCCUUACAGCCCAAGCCUAAAGGGGCAGGUGUGGGCUCAGACAGCAAAGGACCCUAUAAAUCCCCAUGUAUUUAGUUCCUAUUGGGGCUGCAUUGAAGGCCCAUCAGAAGCCUGCCUCUCCUUAGCAGCAUGGUGUGGUUUGCUGGGAUGUGGAGCCCCACUCUAACCUGCCCCCAUAGCUUGGUUUAUCCAAAUGCCAAAGACAAGGAGAGGGGAUUGAUUGGGUUUUUUAAUUCUUGUGCAGGUAAUGACGACCAAUCUCCACAGAACGAGUUAGUAAAGGUGAAGAGUGUCAAGAGCUUAUUGUCUUUAAGCAGUUUCAAGUGUGAAUGAGGUGUUUGGCCAUAUCUCUCCUACCCCCCUAUGCAAUUGUUGUUCUCAGGUUGCAGCUCUGCAAUCCUAUAUAUUCCCAGAUAUUGUACUGGAAAUGGAGGCUGCAGCACCCACAGGGACAGGAGGGUGAGCUCUCAGCUUCCUCUAGAGGAAAAAAAAA